UGGCGGAUGUUUUAUCGUGUUUUUGGACAAAAUGAACAACAAAAUUGCUUGUAUUCUGUUCUGCGAAUUUCAUCCGAUUGCUGGUCCAAAGAUUGCCUAUCAAUCGCCUGAGAACUUCAUCUCCAAAGAGAAAUUCGAUUGUGUGGCAGUUUAUAUUAUUCCAAAGCCAGAACUGCAACGGAAAUUGAUAACAGUAAAUGCUUUGGAUUACACAUUUGUUGGCUGUCCAAUCAGCAUUGAGAAUGCAAAAUACUCCAGAAAUGCAUUACUGUUCAAUGUUUGCUUUGUCUUCAGUGGCAAGUCRGAUACAAUGUGUUAUGAAGGAGUUGUGAGGAAACUUGCUAGUUAUCUUACUACACUUGAGCUUGAAAGUGGAUUCUUAUCAAAAGAAGAAACAAAAGAGACAUUGCCUGAAAUACUAGAGAAAAUCAGAACUGGACUGAAUGGAGCAGGAAGAUGUACUAUUCCCAUUGAUGAGGCCAACACUAUUCAUUUAAAACCUGAUUUACCAGUUAAAGAGCCUGUUUCAGUAGAGGACCAUCAAGUGCCUAUCUUCAUAUGGGACAUUAAAGCUUGGUCUAUUAGAGAAUGGGACAUCACAACCCAACAAAUAAUUCCAUACAUUGAUGGCUACAAUCAUGUUUUACGUAUUGCUUAUGAGGCAGACAUUGACCCAAGUCUUGUUAGAAAGUGUGUACAGAGUCUGGUAUACUUUAAUGUGGUCAAGCUUAUUCCCAUCUUCCAGUAUUCUAAUGUCUAUAUACCAACACCAGAAAUGAACCGUCUCCUCACUGACAGAAAAUUACAGGAUGAAUGUAUUCAGUAUUCUCCUAAAAAAGGAGCUGUUUUACCUACAUUUUAUGACAUUUUCAAGAUGUAUUGCUGUCUAAGCCCUGGACUGACAGUGAGGGACCUCUGUACUCGCUUCAAUCCAAGCUCACUUCGUAUAGAUGAGAGGUGGCUUAAUGGCAAGCACAAUUACGACGAAAUAUGCUGCAAAACAUGUUUAUCGCACCAAGAGCUAGACGAUAUCAUCGAGAAUGACCCCAACGUAAUAGUUAUAUGGAAAUAGGUCAACGAAAGUAACGUUGAAUGAAAUAUAAUCUUUCUAAAUAAACAAAUAAUUUAAAAAUUCAAUUUGCAAAAAAAAAAUAUAUCGCGUUUUCAAAUGACGCAAGCCAAUACGGAUGUUGGAUGUAAUUAAAUUUUUUUUAUAAAUAAAAAAAUUGAAGAUGGUA